AUUAAAUCUAUUGGUGGCUCUGGCACAGUGGCACAAAACAUUUUGUUAAAAAAGUACUCAACAAAUUAUUUUACAAUAAAUUGGCCACAUUUUGUUCUUGGAAAGACAAAAAAAUAACCAUUACUUUGUUGACCACCAAAUUAUAAAAAUCAUGAAAAAAAUUUCACAUGAUCUUUACCAAAAUGAUGAAAACAUAAUUGAAAUUUAUGUAAAAGAUUGGUUCAGGAAUGGGGCUCAGCGUUUAAAAAAAGAAACUACUCAGAUUCCUUGUCGAAAAUGCAAAACAAUUGGAAAUAUGUCUUCGACAUUUCAAACAUCAAUUUUUUAUUAUAAAAAAAAAGAAGUAAACCCCCAAGUUGAAGAGGUGUAGCCAUCAAGUGGCCUCAAUCGGGCGAAGAACUGUCUUUCUGCUUCCCGAUUCGAAGAAAAUUAAAACCAAAAAACAAACAUCAUGAGCGAAACAUCGCCUAGAGGAAACGAAGGGGACACAAGAUCCGUUAUACAAGAAAACGUCACUCGGAUAGUGUACGUGAACAAACCACCCAUGGAAACAACGACAGCGGCAGUCGUCUCAGCAAUCACCACGUCCUCCUCGCACUAUGACCAAAGCUCGUCGGACUCGACCACUAUUUGCACGCUCAACAACGUGCUACCGCCAAUGAGUUACGACUACCAACACCAUCCCUCAUUAACCAGCCUCCAAAUCGGAGGGCCCGUGGUUCCACCGCUGCCACCCGUGUACGGCACAUCCGCCGACGAACAUCAGUACUCGCCCACAGUGGCAGGCGUCGGCAGCGGCACCAGCUGUUACAUGCCGACCGAAGUCAAAACCAGCUCAAGAGUGCGCUCGUACGAGUCCGAAAGAGACUAUAAAAAAUCCGCUUGUGACAGAGAACGGACCAGAAUGCGAGACAUGAACAAGGCUUUCGAUCUUCUGAGAAACCGUUUACCAAAGAGUAAACCACCCGGAAAGAAACUUUCUAAAAUUGAAUCGUUGAGGAUGGCCAUACGGUAUAUAAGACAUUUACAAGCGAUCCUGGAGUAUGGGCCAGAGUACGAGACAAAGCUAUACACUGUGCCGACAUGUACCCAAUACCUACCUCCACCGACAUACUACGGUUAUCAGCCACAGUAUGGUCAAUGUUGGAACGCUGCAGCUGACUAUCCUCCAAACGUAAACAACCAAUAUUAGUUGUUGUUAACAAUCACAUUCCCAAAUUAUUUUUCCAUCUUACGUAAUAAUUUGAACAUCGCCUAUACAAUAAUAGUAUAGAAUAUAGUCAAUAUAGAUAGGUAGUAGGUAUAUAUUAUGAAUAUACACGUACCUGUAUGAAUACUGAAAUUUAUCAUACGAUGUAUAAUAAUUGUAUAUUUCCUACAAUUUGAUUUAAGUCAUUGUUCUUCUUCCUAUUUCUUAAUCAUUUUUUUUUUACUUUAAUAUUUUUAGAAUUCCUAUAAUAAUAUAACUAAUAAAAAGUACUAAAGUAUCUAUUAAUCGAAAUUAAAAUUGUAUUAACUUAGUUAUUUAUUUAAACUUUUAAGUAUACAUAUUUUAUUUGUUUCAAUAAA